AUGUCGGCUAACUGCAGCAUUUGCAAUUUGGUGUGUGACGAUGAGAAGAGUUGUAUCAAGUGUGUUGGGAAGUGUAGUGCAGUGAUACAUAUUAAUUGUGUUCCAAGCAAGACCCGUUCCAAACUCGAGUGGAUGUGCGAUGUAUGCAGACUUGAAAAGGAGUCCGUAAAUAGUAAAAGAUUGGCAUCAACUGUAAUAACUAAAGAUUUUCUUAUCUCAACCAUGAACUCUUUCAAGAACGAAGUUUUUAGUGAGCUUCAAACCUACAGCAAAGAGUUUAAAGACUUCAAAUCCUCCUUAGAAUUUUUCUCAGAGAAAAUGGACAAUGCCUCUGAAUUAAUGAAUAAAAUAACGGAAGAAAUGAAAAGUGCAAAGGAGGAAGCCCGACUACUGCGUGAAGAAAACUCAAAGUUGCGCACGGCCGUAGAGGACCUGGAGAUGAGAAUGAGAGACAUGGAACAGUAUUCGCGGAUCUCUAACAUUGAAAUUAGCGGAGUUCCUGUGUCUCAGAAUGAAGAUUUGGAGAGUCUGCUGUGUGAUAUUUCCAAGGCCAUCAACGUGGAGCUGAAGGAGGAGAGUGUCGAGGCGGCGCAUAGAGUCCCCAGCUACAACAUGAAGCGAGCUGCCCCCAUCGUCGUCAAGUUCAAGUCCCGACGAGACAAGGAGACGUGGAUCAACGGCUUCAAAGCGACGCGACCCCUGACAGCUGACAAGAUCAACCCGAGGAUGCCGAAGGAGAAGGUGUUCAUCAAUGAGCACCUUUCACCAGCGAACAAGCAACUCCUCUUCAAGACCAAGGAGGCUGCAAGGGACCGCGGCUACAAGUUCGUCUGGACCAAGGACGGAAAGAUCUUCGCACGGAAGGACAGCGGCGAUAGAGUAUUGAAGAUCACUGGUGAAACGAGUGUUAGAGACAUGUGA